UUAAUGCAAUUAUAUUAGCCGGUGGCAUACAAGGAAGAGCGGUGAUAAGCAGUCUAGCAGACACGUGUAAUUAUGAUCCUCCUUUGUACGCUGAGUUUCUUCGUUCACUCUGGUUUCUGUUGCUCCGAGGAUAGGGAUGAUUCUGAAGAUGAAGGUAUUCACCCCCGUCAGGUGCUUGUUUAAUUAUGCAUUGGCUUCAAGGCUUGGUUUUCAGGCCGAUCCGGCCACUAAUUCUUUUGUAGUCCGAACAAGAACUAGCUGUUGGCCUUUGAUUUCCGUUCAAUCGCCGCCACCGCAACUGCACCUACGAGCAUUCCGCCGUCGCCACAGGUAUCUGUUAAAUCUGUUCAAUAUCACUGUUUCUGAGACGAGAGAGAUAGAGAGGGAGAGAGCGCGCGAUAAGGAGGAGGAAUGGGCCUGAUUUCAGUGCCACAAGUGAUGGUUCGAACUGGUUGGAGAAUUUUUGGGAACCUAAUGGAUGCAGGAAAAUUACCAGUUUGUGAAGUGGAGAGUUUCAGGACUGGCUCUGACCACAUUCUUGAGAAAGAUGGUGUACGAUUUCACAGUCUUUAUCAAAGUGCAAGGACUUCACAGGAAGAGAGAAGUCAACUGUCAUUAAAUAGAAGCAUAUACUGCACUAGUAUUAUGUGCUUGACAGAAACCUCAUUGUGAGGAUUGUAGCAGGUUGCACCUUCCAUCUUUCCCCGAUGUGUUACAUGGCGUAUUAUUUUUGGUUCUUUUUGUUGCAUGAUAGCAUGAUAGCAUUAUAGCAAUAGUAAAGAAACUCCACAUCAAAAAUUUGUAUAAUUUAUCUAAUAAAAUUGUUUAUAUACUGUAUAUAUGUCAGUAAGUUCACAUGGUCUCAACCAGAUCCCUAUGUUUUAUAUAUGAUUCUCAUCUUCUUAAA